UCCUUGGACGGGGCGGGGGACUUCUCCGGUUCCUUUCAAUUGCCGAUGUGAUGCGCUCUUCUUUCUUGGCGGCUUUUGUGCUGUCAAUUGUGCGGCUGGUUUUGUUAGGUCUUUGCGGUUGCAGCUUCGUUUUUUUUUUGGAAAGGUGGCAUUGCAGCUCCGUCUUCCCCUCCCAAUAACCCACCUGUUAAUUAUGUUUGUCUCCACCAUUCAAUUACGUUUCUUGGUCUUCCUAACUAGGGUUCAUGCAAUUAAUUUCAUGCUAUCUUUGUGUCCUACACUACCGAGGGCCUUCUUGAUUUGACAAGAUGUAGACAGCAGUGCCUUGGAUUGGUAUGUGCUACCAGCCUGCUUGUCCUUGAUAGUCUCCAUCUUGAAAAGGUGUACUAAAAGGAAACAGUUCUCUAUCGAGAAAGGAAACGGUUAAAUAAAUCCCUAUGUCCAUAAGGAUUUUAUUUAGCCUUUUCUUGCCAAAUGAAAAAUGGAACUUCAACUUCUUUGAUCAAAUCCGUUUGCACUGAGAUUGUUAAGAUAAAAUUCAUCUUUAUUAGUAAGACUAAGCCGGUAUUUUGCCCGGUGGCUACGAAAGCCCAAUAGAAUCUAAAUGCUUAGGGCCUGUUUGGUACUGCUCUGCUCCACGAAAAUCAGUUUUACUUCACUAAAUCCACUUUGGAGCAGUUUCAUACAGGAGUUGCAGCUCCACCAAAGAGACCAAAGAGAAUGUUUGGCUUCCAGUUAACUCUAGCUUCAAGAAUGGGAAUUUGGUGAAAAAGGAUCUAUUUGAUUGGCUGACGUGAGGAGAAACGAAAGGGUAUCCACCUACUGGUGGCAGUGGUUGUCACCAAGCUUGGAAAUGAUGCAAACAGCAAUGAUGUCAUGCCUUGUGUCUCAAACAAGCUUUUGAAUGUCGAAGCAACUCCUUUCUGUUCCAAGAAUAGAGAGCAGAAUGAUCAAGCUAUCAGCAAACAUGGGGUGGAAGUGAGAACUGGUUUCAAAUCUGAGGAGAUUAAAACUGGGUCUGAUGGAUCUGGCCAAGACAAGGUACUCAAGAAGCCUGAUAUAAUCGUGCCAUGCCCUCGCUGCAAUAGCAUGGAAACAAAGUUCUGCUACUUCAACAAUUACAAUGUUAGCCAGCCUAGGCACUUCUGCAGGAAUUGCCAGAGGUAUUGGACCGCUGGUGGAAAUAUUAGGAAUGUCCCUGUAGGUUCUGGAAGACGCAGAAAUAAGCAUGCCUCUCACUUCCGCCAUGCUAUGAUGUCGUGUGAUGCUAACAUAGCUGCUCCUGGAGAUGUUUCCAAUGAGAUCCACCAUCUAGCUCUUCCACUUUUACCGCAGGUUCUUCCAGGGCCAAUUAAAGAAAAUAAAACAGUAAAGGAGUUCGGAUCUCAAGUGCCAGUUUGUAAGCCUAUGUCCUCAAUCCAUAAUAUUGAAGAACAGAAGGAUACUCACCUUGUUGCCUUGGCCUCUGGUGAUAAUAGCGAAGAACAAUCAUGUCCAUCUCCAGCGACAGUGUCGGGUUGCUCAGAAAAUCAGACGCCGGAUAGCGCAGUUAAAAAAGAACCAAGCAAUGUGUUAGGAUACUAUAAUGGCAUCACAUUGCCUCACCCUCACGGACCUGCUUUGGUGUUUCCCUGGAGUCCUGGAUGGAACAGUAUUGCUGUCAUGGCAGCUGCUCAGUGCUCAACAGAGCCCAUUCAAGGGUUGGAAAAUGUGAAGCACGGUCUGCCGCCGUGGGCGCCUCCAUUGAUGAUGGCAGCUCCAGGAAUUUGCACGCCUGUUGUUCCCUUUCCUAUGAUGCCACCACCACUUUGGAGCUGCAUUCCUGGUUGGCCUAAUGGAAUGUGGAGUUCACCAUGUCCUGGAAAUAAUGGCCCUCCAAACAAAAUCACAUGCUCAGAGGACAAUUCUCCUACACUUGGAAAGCAUUCAAGAGAAUCAGACCUGCAAGAAGAGAAUAGGGAAAACAACGUACAGGUCCCUAAAACUCUAAGAAUUGAUGACCCAGCUGAGGCCACAAAGAGUUCGGUCCGGGAUACUCUAGGCAUCAAACCUGAUGAGAAAGGCUUGUUUGAGCCUUUACAGAUGAAGGUUCUAAAAAAUGACAAGACACCAGAAUCUCCACAGGCUCUGCAGGCCAAUCCAGCGGCCUUUUUGCGCUCUCAGUCGUUUCAGGAGAGGACUUGAGAAGCUUGAUCUUUUGUUUCUAACCAAUGCCAUCAGCCACCAAUGAAUGUUGUUGGGGGAUAUGCCCAGUAUGGUCAGUGUUUUUUGCAGGGCAUCGUCUUGAGUUUAUAUGUUCCUAGACUGCAAGCACUCCUACAGCCAACUCAAAUCAAUUAAAGAUCUACCAGUGCUCAACUUUUUGUUCAGCCAUUGUGUAGGUUGGUCAGAUGUUUCUGCUUCUUCAGGGAGUAUAUUUAUGUAAAACAUGCAGCGAGUUUUCUAAGCACUGGUCAAGUUUGGAAAGUGGCAUGGUUCAUCGAAAUGGUCAGCGAAACAUAGAGAACUAUGGUCUGCUGGAAUUCAGAGCAUGCUCCAUCUGCAAGCAUGAGACCUAUAGCCCUUACAUUGAUGAAGCCAAAAUGUUAAUUAUGAUGUUCUCUUCCGUUUUAGGAGGAUUGAUGCUCUGAUGUUUGUAUGUAGCUAACAUGUUCUCAAGUUUAUGAAAUGAUUGUUAUGCUAACCUUCGCCAAAUGCUUAAUUCAGGAACCGAAAUGGAACCAACUUUGUUUGAUGUAGACAAA